AAAUUUAGUUAGUUGCAUAUUUGCUGUCAUUAUAAUUUGUAUACUUCUUAUACAUUAAUUUAUGUUUUUACUUUUAUUAUAAUUAAAUACCACGAAACCACAAUAACAAGAUGGAAGAAACAUUUCAAAAUAAAGCUAAUUGGACCUACCUGGAUAGGGAAUACUAUUACUUUCUCUCAAAUAUGAGUUGCCUAACUGUGAUGAAAUUGCCUUAUACUGCACGUUGCAGGAUGUCCCAACAGGUGACAGACUGCAGAGCGAUUAUAAAUUAUUUCAAUUAUUUUGAAAUGAUGUAUUGCACUUUUCAUAUUAGUCACAAAUUGGCAGAAAUAGGUGUCAUGCUUUUGUUUUUAUUAAUCGUGGUGCUAUUUUUGGUAUUAAUGAGCUAUACUGUAAACACAUUAUUUAGUCCAGCUCUAAAGAUCUUGUCGAUAAAAAUGCACAUGAAUGAAUAUUUGGCUGGUGUUACUUUACUUGCAUUUGGCAAUUCCGCUCCCGAUAUGAUAUCCAAUCUAUUGCCCAUUAGAGCAGAAGCACCCAUAUUUACCAUAGCCAUAUCAAAUGCCAUUGCAAUCAUACUUUUAAGCGGUGGUAUGGUAUGUUUUGUAAAACCAUUCAAAAUGAGCGGCCCAAGCACUGUACGGGAUCUGUUAUUCUUAUUUCUUGGUGUUCAAGUGUUGCGUUACAUUGUCUUUCAUGGCAAUCAUGUGAGUUUUGCUGAAAGUAUCGGUUUGCUUAGUAUAUACGUUGCCUAUUUGAUUAUAAACAUUUUAGAUUUGAUUCUAAUGCGUCACACAAUGAGAAAGCUAAGAAGUGAAAUUAAUAUUUUAAAGAGCGAGCCUUCAUCACAGCAACGUAAUUAUGAGUUAUCGCGAAAAAUGCAACGCCUCGUAACCCUAGAGGAUGACGACAAUGUGUUAAUAAAGGAUUCGGCAGGCAGUGAAUUACGUGGCUCCUCUCAAGUAGGGAAUAGCAGAUCCUUUGGUUUCGCAACACCCAGGCCAAGACCAAGACCUGCACCUGUAGAUUUCAACGUAACACGCGUCAUCCUUCAUAAUCCUAGUAAUCCGAAAAAUCUUUUCCUAAUAUCGGAAUUCCUUGAGUCUUUCAUACCCAUCUCGGAGGAGGAUUGGGAACUGGGCGGAUGGUUUCGUCGUACCUUUUUGAUAGUACGUUCCCCAUUAGUGAUAUUUGUCACCAUUUUUGUACCAGUUGUGGAUUAUGAGAAAGACAAACAUGGGUGGAGUAAACUGCUCAAUUGUACACAGAUAAUAACGAAUCCGAUUUUCGUCAUUACUUUGGUGCAUACCAUGCUGGCCAGCUCAUACACCACAUGGCACAUAAAUUUGAAUUUUAGUAUCUCUGUAUGGUCAUUGUGCGUGACUGUACCAUUAGCCCUUGCUGUCUUUAUACAUUCGCGGACGGAUAAACCUCCAGGCUAUCAUUUACUCUUUAUUACUUUAAGUCUCUCCAGUUCCAUGUUGCUUAUUACGAUUUGUGCAUCCGAAAUUGAAGUUCUAACUACCAUUCUGGGCAUAGUAUUCGAUUUAUCUGGAAACUUUAUGGCCAUAUCAUUUGGAUCGAUUGCAAAUGCCACAGCCGAUUUGAUAACCAAUUCAUCUCUGGCCAUGCAAGGAUACGAGAAGAUGGCUUUUGCAGCCAUCAUAGGUGGACCAGUUUUCAGUAUUGUGGUUGGCAUGGGCGUAGCAUUUUUAUUCAAUCCCAUGGUAAGACAGACUGGCUCUUCAUUUUGGUUAUACGGCGAACAUGGCGGAAAUUGCUAUAUAUUCCUUUCACUGGCCAUUUUAACCACAUUAUGGUGGUGUCUGACAUUCAAUUUCUUUGCUCGACGUUCGGCUGCCAUCUACUCUUGGGUACUCUUUGUCCUGUUUAUAGUCUUCUCCGCGGGCGUUGAAUGGGAUGUGGUGCAUGAGUUCUCAGAUGAUCAGUUCUUUACGCCCAUUUAAGGGCGUACACAUUUCAAUUUAUAUCUUUUUACAUUUUAAAUAGAAUUAUGUGUUGUCGGUGUGUGUUCUCUGUUA